AAGAAACAAAUUCAAUAAACCAACUUUUUUAUUAACCCUGACGUUAUUAUAAGUCUGUCAUAGAAAGGACAAGACUAGAGAGAAAAAUCAGCAAUAAAGAUAAUCGAAAAGAAGGCACUAGAGUACUGACGGAGAAAGGGACGAAAGAAGAGGUAUAAUCUUGUAGGAAAGGAAAAAAGGAAUUUGGGGAGAGACAAGGAGGAUGUGGCGAGGGUUUCUCUGGCUAAACGCACGCAUUAACAGGGUUCAUCUUUUGGCCGAUGAUUCACUUGCCAAAUGUUGCAAUACUUUUUUUUUUUUUUUAUCUCGUUUGAAAACCGCACGCGUAGCGUUUGUGUGGCGCGAGGAUCGACAACCGUCGUGUCCCUCCCUUACACGUGCAACCCCCGCUCUGCGCGUGUCCUUCGGAAGGGGCUUGCUUCCUCCGCUGGCUGACGCGCAGCCAUGGAUGAUGAAGAAGAAGACCUUCUUACCUUCUCUCUCUCCCUCCCCAUCCCUUCCCCUCCUCUCUCUCUCCCACUUUUUUUUUCGUUCCGGCAAGUGCCACGAUCACCUGCUUCAGUAUCACCAAGUGCACCCGGUCGGCGCCUGGCGCUACAAGAGGAGAGAGGUUCUCGGACAAGGGGGGAAGUACUUCUUCCAGAAGCAGGAACGACAGUCGCAGAGGCUGGCAAAGAACCGACGCGGCUCGACACAAGCCUGUACCACGUGGUCACCCACCCCGCAUCCUCCUCUCCCCACCCGUUGUGGACGCGAGUGCGUGCUGGCGCGUCCUGUGUUGCCGUCAUCGUCGCCUGUCUAAAUAUAGCAACACGGGAGGUGUUGGGGGGGAAGGGGGACAAGACUCAAACACUGUGCCGGUCCUCCCGUCUGCUGUCGUCGUCUGGUCGUGGUGUCGUCUGCCAUCCGCUGGCUCCGGGAAGAGCGGUUGGGCCCUGUGACAACGACCCUGCCGGAUAUUUCUCCGUUCUAUUUAUCUUCCAGGACAGAAUGUGUCGGUGAACCUGGCUGGGACAAAGACUUCGUUUCAGUUUUUCUUCGCUUCUUUCUUCCCGCGGGGUGUCUGCAAGCGCCGGGAGCAUCGGUUUGUUCAAGAAGGACACAAACCAGGUACAUGUCAGGUGUAUGUCGUAAACCUUACCUUGAUGUUCUGCAAGCCACGCCCUGACAGCCAUCCAGACUUCUUCUUCCAGACACAAAAGUGUUUUCAUGUUUUUGAGGAGCAGGUUGUGAGAUUUCCAUGUCCACUGAAUUCUGCAAAACAAUUUUUUGUUUCAAAGAGUGAAUAACUUCCGGCCACGUUUGACAAGCUAGUCACGCUCUCCACUCUUCUGCUCUUCAUCAAACUCAUCGACAGACAGGAAACACAGCAGACACUUCUACUGAGUUCCACUCAUGCAUCUCUCUUCCUUUGUGAUAUCUGCGCAGGAAGGAGGCCUACCUGAAUCUGACUUUCUUUUCAACCAAAAGAGUAGGAAGAGAAAAUAACCUGUCGAUGACCAGCAAAGCAAAGAAAUGGAUGGUUGGGAAUCUUUCGUCAGAUGACAAGACCAUCCUCGGAUGUGAGGACAACCGUUGCAACAACUCGACAGACAACCAGCAGCUCGCGAUGGCAUCACCCACCGAGGUUGUCAAGACGAAGAAGUCGCCGAGCUUCUCGGACAGUCACCAUUUGUUUGAUGCCGUGCGCAAAGGGAAGAUUCACCUGACCCGCUUCAUCCUCGCGGCCUCCCCCAACAAACUCCAGAACUGGGACCCCGACGGCCGCACUCCUCUCAUUGUUUGCUGCGACAUAAAGGAGGAAGGGACGCGAGACCAGAUCGUUCACAUUCUGCUGGAGAGCGGCGCUGAUGUCAACAUGGCGGACAGCCAGGGCCGCACGGCCCUCAUCCACGCCUGCGAAAAGCGCUGCAACGACAUCGUGCGCAUCCUCAUCCACCACCACAACGUCAAGCCCGACGUCGAGGAUGUCUUGGGAAACACCGCUUUGAUCUACAGCGCUGCCGUCGGAAAUGACGUGGCUACUGAGCUGCUUGUGCGCAACUUCCGUCCUGGGCUGCAGGUCGACCAUUACAACAAAGAUGGCAACACUGCCAUCCUGGUGGCCGCGCGCAACGGGAAUCUGAACUGUGCGAAGAUCCUGGCCCAGAAGGGUCGAGCCUCGCUGGUGCUGAAGGACAAGGAGCGCCACCUGACGCCGCUGGAGUGGUGCCUGCAACAAGGCUACCAGAAGGACGAGGUGGAGUUCCUGAAGCCGGUCACAAGAUUCUACCGGGUGGCCAAGCUGGCAACGUCCCUGUCCCGCAGCCGCAGCAGCGUGUGCGCCAGCCAUGCCAGCCACCCGCAGGACUCGUCUGCCAAGUCCUGCCGCUUCUCUUCCCAUCUCCGUCCCUGGACAGCGGCAUGUCCAGCAAGCGCGACAUCCGGGCACGCACGCAGGGCAACAAGGCCUGUCUGGGCAGGUCCAAGUCGCAGGUGAUGGACAGCACGCGGCUGAAGGACGCGGAGUUGUUCGGUGCUGACAACGACUCCACCGCUUGUCUGCCGCGACAACACACCAUCGAUGUCCCCACGUUGAACCACUCCUUCCAGAAAAUGGGCUCCAGUCUGGUGGAUUGUGCCUCCGUUCAACAGCUUCCGUCCGAAGAGUCAAGCGGAAGCGGAAACGGUCUCAGCGGACGUGACGUCAGUUCUCCCAAGGACUCUGACCACGAAAACUUCAGUUCCGAUUUCUCCGGGGAGUCUUCGGAUUUAGUAAUGAUCGACGACGUGGAGGACGAAACACAAGAGGACACAUCAAAGCUGCCCCAGCGAUGUUCGUCUGCCCCAGCCAGCGACUGUUUCUACGGUCCUCCAGGUGACAACACCAGCAGCCAACUAAGGUGCAAAGUGCGCGCCUUAAAUCUGACCGAGUCAUCUGCAACUUCUCCUUCCGACGAAAAGGCGAUGGGGUAAGCCCGCAACAAAAAACCGUUUUCAAGAGGACGGCAACAUUGACAACAAAAACGUGCAAAACGGCCAUCGUCAUCAGCCCCAAAGCGACGAACGGAACGGAGAGAAAGACUGAUGGCGGCCAGACGCCGGUCUUCGCGACAAAAACAGUUGCACCCCUUUGUGAGGCUGAAAAGGAAGAGGAAGACGAUUUCCAUGGCGACGACGACUCCGCCGGCAGCAGCCAUGAAGACGGCGCAGGACGGAGAGGCGACUCCCCCUGCGUGUCCCCAGACACUGACUGGCUCCCCGCGGUGUCUGAGGCCACCGGAGAUGACGACAGAUGCGGCGGAAGUAGGGGCCCCGAACGCUCCGUGAGUGGGCCGGCGGCCGGCACGGAAAUACUUCACAGCCAGAAACUUUUGGACGUGUCCAGCGCUUAAAGCCCUCGCUCGUGCUGCCACACACACUUACUCUCGUUACAUGGCGAUAUGGUCUGGCCCUACCAGCUGAUUCCACUGUUCUUUCUGACGAAUCUAAGUGUUUAAAAUACACAUCCCACGACCAGCAAUGCCCCCAGUUCGGUCUCUCAACCAGUCAUGGACGCCUCUUUCUCUCUGUCACAAAAGAGAGAGGUAACUUUGGCCUGAGAUGGAUAAUUCUGGGGCAUUGCAACACGUUUCGAGGACAUUUUUAUGCACCAUAAAGCCUGUUAGUCUAGAGAUGUGAAAGUCUGUCACUUUAUUCAUAUUGCAGGCUGUGGUUUGUUGUGUUCAUUGCUUCCCAGCCCAGAGAAUUUGCAAGCAAUACCGAGAGUACAACAGGAUUAAGCACACACCCAAACUCAAUUUCUUCAUGGCCAAAAUGCCUCUAAGAAGUUGUUAUCUUUAAAAGUAAUCCGUUUUCGUUACUGCACCCUGACAGUAGGUAAACUUUUCAUCUUUACAAUGUUUUGUUGACGUGUAAGCAAAGCUGUGCAUGAAUCAUAAAGGUGCACAACUAUUUCAAGCUGAAAGUUGUCUACAUAAUGCCGCAUCAUCCAAGCCCACUACUACAAUUUUCAUUGUCUUUGUGUAAACGUGGAUCACACAGAAACUGCUGAGUUCUCGUGAAGGUGGCAAAGAUAGCGGGUAGACAGAGAGACAAAGGAAUGCAAAAAGGACUUAACUGAACUUUAUAAACCACCCGUUUGAAAUUAUGAUUUAGAACUUUCUGGGGUGGUAUCAAGAAGCUGAAAAAAGUUGACUGCAAAGAAAGUUGCCCAGUGUAACUGGAUCCACUAAAGACAUCACGACAACCAGCGAUUCCAGAUUUCAAGACAAAGCCAAGAAGUGGGAUCUUGAAUGUUGUAACUUUGAACAUGGAGAACCCUGGACAUGAAAAUAUCAUGUAUUUACACCAACACAACAGUGCAAGCCUAUUCAUUUUGGGAAAAGGAUUAAGUCUUUAUGCCUUCAACAUUUGGAUUUCUGUGUAGAUAUCUAGAACUUACAGUUUUACCAAUAUUGGUGUAACAGCUUAGGACAUCACAAGGAUUACAUAAACAUGGAACCAUGACCACGUCGAGAUGUUUGAGGUCCGUUCGGUAUAACUGCCUGGGUGUGAAGUACCGAAGGACGGUGUAGUUGGAAAACUAAACAGUGAUGCUGACAGAUCCUGAUGAUGCCGAGGAGCAUGGUGACAUGACACAACCAGAUGGCAGUACCGAGGACGAGGUACACUUCAUCGCAACGAGGCUCCAGCUUGGAUGCUCGGCUUUCUCGCCUUUCUAUCCGCUAGACACUGUCACAUCCCUAGAAGAUAAUCUAGGGUAGGGCUAAAUCAGCCUGACACCAUUAAAUCCCAUUCUAGGUUCUUGGCCAGGCUUAUGGACGCUCCUACAUUAAUUCCACGCCAGGUCCUCACCAAGACUCUAAAGGAAAGAAAAUCGAAUUAUACUUCGUCGUAGACAGCUUCUCUCUCGUCCUUCCUGUCCUCUCUGUAAAAAUCACUUUCUCUGUCCUCUUCUCUUGCUCUCUCCUCGACCAAAAUGAGAGUUACUGAGCUGCAGAUAAGGACUUCAGAAGGACGAAAGAACUGUCAUUUUUACUCUUUUUUCUAGAAGCGCCAUUUCACCACUUUACCAUAGUAAUGUAGAAAGAGGAGUAAACUGUCAAUUCGUUUUUUUCGAACAAAUAUAGUUUAUGUUUCCAUCACAUUUUUACCUUUACUAGACUUUCAAUAACACUAAAUGGUUACUAAUUUUCUUUUUGUUUUUAUGAAGAAAUUUUUAGUUUUGUAUGUGUUGUCCUGAUAUUUCAAUAGGAUAUGAAUGCAGUCCUCCGAACAUUCUCGACAUUCGAUUUCAAAAAGUUACCAUUUCAUUUCAACUGGUAGUCACAAAUGAGCAUCAUAGUUCAUGACAUGUACGACUGUACAUUACCUAACCAUGAGUGAGUUUGGCAUCGGAUGCGACAAUGUUAUCUACAGUGUCUUGGACAAACUGGUCUUGGCUAGCAGGACAUGAGGGCAACAAGCUGCUUUGUUCACUAAAACCAAAGGUGUGUACACUUGACAUAGUCAUCUGACACCAGUCUGUCAUGGCCAUAGCCUGGUCGACAGUGAAUGUAUAUAAACGCUGCACCUACGUGGCAUUUACCUGUGAGACCGGUGAGUACAGGUGUAAUUGCGGGCUGACGAAUCUGGAAUGUUCUGGUGCAACAAGAAAUCAGCAAAACUCAUUUAUCACUUUUUUAAAACCCACUUCCUAGUCGUUUUACAAUAAUUUAUUUCACGAAAAUCUUGGAUAUUUCUAGACUAGUCAAACACUCUUCUCUAUUGCAAUCUUUUAACACCUUCAGGAACUUGAUAUUUCUUAAUGUAGACACAUUUUUAAGAAAAUAAUUCUUUUCAAAGUUUGGUGUGUUUAUUGUAAGUUAUUUUCUUAUCUUACAAAUGUCAUUAUAUUUAGCAAGAAAGGAAAAAGUUAAUAAGGGAAGGAGGGAAGAAAGAAAGCGGCAAGGGAAGUAAUGAAAAAAAAAAAACAAGCGAGAAGACCAUUAUUUGACAGGACGGUUAGACAGAUGACUUCCUUCAGUCAAGAAACCGUAAGAUCGUUAUUUCGAUCAUCUACAUAAAUAUGUCAUCUUCACCCUCCACUCUCAGUUCAUAAUUUUUGUUCGAUGAGGUCUGCUACCCUGGUGGAUCCGUUAAUAAUAAACAAACAAUCGUUCCCGCAAUUCAAAUUUAGGUUGCCACACAAUAAUAAAGACUCAAGCAAAGAAUUUACCUCAGGUCCCAGUCUCAACCAAGAGAGAAGCAAUCAAAUGCAUAAACACAUUAAUGAAAAAUAAAAUAACCCACAAAAGCUAAAUGCUUCUGGGUUCAAGCUAGGGUUGAGAUUGUAAUUGUUUCUAAAAGUUCAAAAGUUCAUUUGGCAAAUAUUAGUGUCUAAUAAUGAGCGCAUUUACAUGCAACUGUUUCCAUGGCAUUAUCUCGGGGGCGUCGGUAAUUAAUAUUAAUAGUAAUUUACCCUGAUUAGCCAAAUGCCGUGGGGCCUUCGUGAUGAACUGAUCUUGUGGCAUCCUAUACACCAUAGAAAUCUUUCAUUUUACUGGCAAGCACCGAAAGAACUAAGCUAAUAAGUCCUUUCUUUUCCCAUCACCUAACUUAGGUUUUUUUAAUGUAUUUGAAAGAGAGAACCUAACAGAUUAGAACAAUAAUUACAAAUGAUAUUUCGUAAAUAGAUAAUAAAUCCUCUGUUAUGAUGACGAUUUUCAUCAUAGUUACAGUGAGAAGAAGACGAACUAUGACCGAUUUCCUUCAGUGUCAUCAAUCCUGGUCUUAUCACCAUAGUAGACGAGGGUCUAAAAAAUUCAUAAACAGGUGCUUGCACUCAGAUCGAUCAAAUAAUUGUUAGAUGUGAACAGGAACAGAAGGUUUGAUGAAUUAAUCGUGAAUGUGACAGACUCAACAUCUGGGACCUAUCCCAAUCCGAUUCCAAGUGAGAUCGCUCUUGAUGGCUGAGAGCUAGGGAAGAGUCCUAUUCCCCGGGCCGCCAUCUCUAAACAAGUAGGCUGUUGGCAAUCGCAAAAAGAGAAAAAAAAGUAUAAUUGCUCUCAUUUGUGGGCAGUUACCCUACCCUCGCAACCCAGCCUCCCAUCCUCCCUGUUAGGUCCAUAGUGACAAGUUCGCAAGAGUGGAGUAUAAAGCAAGAAAAAAUAACUCAAAGCCUUUAGCGGUAGGAAACCUGCAAAAUGCAGAAAGACUUUUGAUUGGGUGAAACCUUAGGCGGAUGGAAGAAGUCAGGGGUUAGGCAUCGAUUUUUCUUCUGUUUGCUUUUUUAAAAAAAGGGAUAGAUCAUUUUGUAAAAGUUGACUGGAUAUUUUUCCUCAAUAGUUUAGUCAAUCCACUCGUAGGUUUUCGUUUAAAAGCGAAUCAGGGUUCGCCACGAUUAAUCUGUGAUGGAAUUACAACUUGCUGGCAGAUGAUUUUUUUUUUCCAAUUAACUACUAAAACGAGGCAGGUGUGUACAAAGCUUCCGGUUUAGUCACAUUCAUUGUUUAGGCUCGCCGAGACUAACAGCGGAGAACUUCACAAGAAGCUAAAAGUUGGUCUUGGCAGACAGACAGCAGUCCACCUAUACACAUCCAUGUUGGAAUAUAACCAGUCCAACAGUUUCUGUCAAUAAAUUUCCAUUUGAAACUAUGACACAAGGACGAUCAAACUUAUUCGAACAGCUAUUAGUGAACUGUACUUGCUCCUUGUGUGUCACCCUUAUACUAAACGUGCAGCGCAUGCGCAGUAGAACAGUGGCUACCCUGUCAGUCGUCUGUCAAGUUAUUCACUUUGCCUUGUUGAUAUGUCUUAACAAAUAAUUGUGAUCCAGGAAAGUCGCUAGAACUGAACAAAGUUUUGUUUGUUUGUACAGCACGUGGGAAACCGGUUUGAAAACUUUGUGAUGGUAGAUUUUGAGCUUAUGGCAUCCUGAGGACAGAAUUCUUUUUAGCAGACUAUACCGGAAGCAAUGUGCGCCACAACUGCAAAAUCAAAUAGUUGCAUAAUAGAAACAAACAUCUUUCCUGCAAAAGCACUCAAAACCGAACACUUGUGUAAAUCCUGCUUCAUUAUGCUCCAGCUUUUGCGCGAUUAUCAAGAAUGCAUGCACUAUUUUGUGGAAACUGCAAUCACAUUAUGCAAUCACAAAAUAACUGAAAUCUUUAGAAUGCAUUGAGAGGUUUCUUCGUUGAUGCGAGCGGUUCUCUAAAGUGCAAGCUCCCUCAUUAAAAAAAAAAAAAAAAA